AUGGCCGAUAAUGCUUCUGGCUCAGCGGAGAGGUCUGUCCAGGUGAAAUUGGUUCUACUCGGCGAGGCUGCUGUCGGAAAGUCAUCUAUAGUUCUCCGAUUUGUCUCAAACGAAUUUCAAGCCAACAAGGAACCUACCAUCGGCGCUGCAUUCCUGACGCAGAAAUGCCGACUCGAAGACCGUGUUCUGCGAUAUGAAAUCUGGGAUACCGCUGGCCAGGAACGUUUCCAUUCACUCGCACCUAUGUACUACCGCAAUGCUCAAGCUGCAGUAGUCGUGUAUGAUGUAACGAAGGCGUCUAGUCUCGAGAAGGCGAAGACAUGGGUGAAGGAGUUGCAAAGACAGGCGAACCCCAACAUCGUCAUCGCUCUCGCUGGAAAUAAGCUCGACCUCGUCCAAUCGCCAUCAUCGCCAUCUGCAGAAGUAACUACCCCGGAGACCGAAGACGAGGCCGACGAUGCGACUGCUACGCCUGGGGAGAACGCCGGCGCUAGCGGCGAACCGGAGAGCCUGAGACAAGUGCCUCGAGAGGAGGCUGAGGCGUAUGCACAGGAGGCUGGGUUACUCUUCUUCGAGACGAGUGCCAAGACUGGGGAAGGUGUUGUGGAGAUCUUCACCGAAAUUGCCAAGAAGAUUCCAAUCGAACAGAUUCUGGCAUCGUCCCGCGGGGGUGCAGGUCGUGCCGGUGCCACGGGAGGGCGCGCUGGUGCCGCACAGGAAAGAGGUGUGAACCUUGAGGAGAACGCCGCGAAGGGCAAAGAGGCUUGCAAUUGCUAA